AUGAACAAAACACCUUACCAAAUGUUUUACGAGGAGUUCUAUGAAAAGUUUGUAUCCGGAUGGAAUUGUACAGAGUGCUACAGAAGAUAUAAAGAAUUUGCGAAGGAGAAUGAAUUCUUUGCAUGUAGUUCAAAUGUAUUUGGUGGCAAGAUGAGAGAAUUUGUGAAGAGAAGUAGAAAGCGAGACGGUUCUGCAAGAAGUUAUAUUUACGAAGCAAGUAUGAUAUUAGAAGGUCGUGGAAAGAAAGAAACAGUGAAUUAUGAGGAAGUGCUUGAAAAAUUCAUGGAGUACAUGGGAAGCAAUAUAACAUACAACAAAGACAUAUACAGUGAGUUUAAGUACUACUGUGAACAGCAUGAGAUUGAAGUAAUGAGUAAAGGAGACUUUGAAACGCUUAUGAAAGACAGUGAGGAGGUCAUACAUGAGAACAGUGAUGAAAUAGUUCAUGAGAACAGUGAGGAGGUCAUACAUGAGAACAGUGAUGAAAUAGUUCAUGAGAACAGUGAGGAGGUCGUUCAUGAGAACAGUGAUGAAAUAGUUCAUGAUGUCGUUCGUGAAGAAGCCAUUGCAACAAAGAAUGAGAUAAAGGAUUUCAUAGAACUUAACAAGGAGGAGUUUAAAGAAGGCUAUGAAGUGAAAAGAUGUGAAGAAGAUUUCUUGGCGUAUUUGAAGAAAAAGAGACUAAAGCCAAUGGCUCAAAAUAAGUUUCAAUCGAUGUUUGAAAAGAAACGUUUGAGCUAUGGUGGUGUAAGAAGCACAUAUUACUUUGUUAAGAAGUGA